UUUCCCAGCAUUCACCGCCACGACCGCUAGUUUAUCCAAUGGACAUUCGAUGCGCUACCAAAGUAACCAAUCGGAACGUAAUCUCAUAAUUCUAACGGUUAAAUACCAUGAAAAUCCCUCUUAUCAGCGCUAUUUACUUAUUUAAUUUUCCACACCUGGAUACACGACAGCAAUGUUGUGAUUUUGGCGCAGGACACGUGCUUCACACAUCGUCACGGGUUUGAAGUUUUAAGAAGAAGAGAAGACAUGCUGGCAGGUGUACGGGUGUGUGUCCGCUCUAAAGGUUGGCCGGUCCGUGGCAUGAGCUUGUCGCCGCGUCAGAUCAACCGAUGGCCGAGCUAUGAUGAGUCCUCCGAUCCCCCUGCGGACAGUCCUCGCGUCCUCAUCACAGGUGGACUGGGACAGCUGGGAGUUGGACUCGCUCAAAUGCUGAGGCAGCAAUAUGGCAAGGAAAACGUCAUCCUGUCAGACAUUAAGAGGCCUCCUGCUGAGGUUUACGAGAUGGGUCCGUUUGUGUAUGCUGACGUGCUGGACUAUAAAAACCUGAGGGAGCUAGUUGUAAAUAACAGAAUCACCUGGCUGGUGCAUUACAGUGCAUUGCUGAGUGCAAUCGGGGAAGCUAAUGUAGCUCUCGCGCGCACCAUCAACAUCACAGGUCUGCAUAAUGUGUUAGAUCUGGCUCUGGAGAACUGCCUGCGACUGUUUGUGCCCAGUACCAUUGGAGCAUUCGGCCCUUCAUCUCCCCGUGACCCGGCUCCUGAUCUCUGUAUACAGAGACCUCGUACCAUUUAUGGAGUUUCCAAAGUCCAUGCAGAGCUGAUGGGGGAAUAUCUCCACCAUAAAUACGGUCUGGAUUUCCGAUGCCUGCGAUAUCCCGGAGUCGUCUCUGCCAACACCAAGCCAGGGGGAGGCACUACUGACUAUGCUGUCCAGAUAUUUCAUGAUGCCCUCAGCACAGGCCACCAUGAAUGUUACUUGCGUGCCAACACUCUGCUUCCCAUGAUGCACAUCUCUGACUGCCACAGGGCCACUGUAGAGUUCAUGCAGACCCCUGAAAGCCGACUGUCCCUACGUACUUAUAACAUCGCAGCUAUGAGCUUCACACCUGAGGAAGUGGCAGAAGAGAUCCGCAAACACCUGCCCCAACUGAGGGUCACCUACAAUCCUGAUACCAUCCGGCAGACAAUCGCGGACAGCUGGCCAGUGCGAUUUGAUGACUCUAAUGCACGUCAGGAUUGGGGCUGGAAGCCUUCAUACGGUUUAUCAGAGAUGGUCAUAGACAUGCUAGCCUCUAUCCGUGAAAAGAGAACCAAUGAAGGGCUACCUGUCAGCUAGUAGGUACUCUGAGGGACUGAAACAAGGACCACCAGCAUUUUGGAUCCCCUUGCCAAUCAUCGUAAAGAGAAUACAUUUCCAACCUCUUUUUUUCAGUCCAGGACUCUCCAUGAGUUAAAGAGCUACUAACACUGAAUGUCCUACACAAACUUAUGCUUGUGAAGAAAAACAUAUACACCAACAGUAAAACUCAAAUAUGCUCAAACUGUCAGAUUUUCUUACUGCUCAGGAGACUCAAUGACUUUGUUCCCACAGUCUAAAUAGUCAUAUUCCAUACAAUGUUGCAUACUUUUUAUGACGUUACAUAUGAGUUGCGGCCCAAAUAACAGAAAAGAAUGCCUGAAACCAGAUUUGACUGUUCAGGAGACACAUUUGAGAAAAUCAGAUUUAAUCAGAUUUCAAACCACAUUGAUGUGGUUUGUAAACA